AUGUACUGUUUCCGGAGCCCCGUCAUAUGCCAGAAAUCGAUCUCGUGUCUCCUCCUCAAUGGCGGUCUCUUCCUGGGACUGAUCCAGUUCUUCACCCACAUUUUGAUGCCCGUAAUUGCCGCAGUUUCGUCGUUCCUGAUCUGCUUCAUAGCCACCCUUGUCUCGUUAUUUUCUUCGGACUCCACAGCCACGGAGAAACAUGCCUCGUCUGCCCCGUCUCUGAGUCCAGCCGCUCCCGCCCACGCUGGCGACCUCCCCGCUCUCUCGCCUCUCCUUUCCUUCGAUGUGUUCUCGCCCCUCGUCCUUGCGUUGUUCCCCUUCUUCCCGUCUCUCGGAAGUUCACCCGACGCCAGAGUGCCUCUCGCUGCAGGCGGGCCAGCGCCAGGCGCGGCGUCUCCGUUUGGCCGCCAUGCGUUGCCGACGACUGCUUCCGCCCCGCUCGCCGCUGGCCCUCCCGGGGCCGACACUGUCGCCUGGCUUGUCCCUCUCAUCGAGUGCACGCUGUGGAGUCUCUUUCGAUUUCUUGUCCUGUAUCCCCUCUAUUGCUGCAACAGCUUAUUCAAUUCCCUGUGGUACCGAGACAUCGCGGACACCGCCGCAGCCCUGCUCCUGCAGGAUGAAGAAGCCUUGCGCCGAGAGCGAACGAAACAGUUCAAAGAGAAGAACGGUCCUUGCCGAGCCUCCUUUGCGGCAGAAAAGGCGUCGUGUCCAGCUGUUCCCUAUUGCGGACCUCGUUCUUCAGGAGGCGCAGCAGCCGAAAACAGGUGGAGUGCGCCGAUGAAAACGGAGUUUGCCUGUGAGACGAAGGAAAGAACGCGCCUGUCUAAUGCUCCUCUUCCGGCGGUAUGUGAUUUGAACGACGCCUCGCCCACGUCUUCUCGGGCGGUUGCGCGACCAGGCUCCGUGGCCUCUGACGGGGCCCAGGACAAACCUUUGGCAGACCCUGGCGCCCGUCGUGCCGGUUCUGUCUCCAGAGCGCUCCAGAAGCGCAGCACUCGUGAACAGACGUCUUCUUCGUUGGGAUCCUCGUUUUUCAGGAUAGUUGGCGAGCGUGCGCCAGGGCGUCUCUUUGCGCGUUUACGGGGAGUGUUGUGGACGGGGGCAAGAGGCGCCGAACAGACAGAAACGUGCCUCGGGACACGAGAAGGGGCGUCUCCGUUCGACGCCAGUUCGACCGGGGGCGGGAAGGUUUUUCAAGAACGAGCGGCCGCAGUUGCGGCUGGGGGAAGACACACUGAGGCAGGGAAUCACGGGGAGUCUCGCCUAGGGAAGACGGCUCGAGCGCGCUUCGCGGGGGCGCAGGGACCGGUUGCCUUUGCCUCCGUUUUCAGAGAAACGCAGCGUUCUUCGCCGAAGCACUGGGAGGUGAGGAACGAAUCGGAACCCGAUGGCCCGUUUUUCUUCGCGUUCUUCGCGCACGUGUGCGAAUGGUUCUCGCCUUCGGAAAAGCACGCGCUUUCAACUGCGCCCCCUGUCUCUCCAUCUGCUUUCUACUCGGCGUCCUUUUUCUCUUCGUCGCCCUGUCCUCCAGCUGUCGGCGGGCCUUCCUCAGGAGGAGUUUCCCCGUGCGAGUUUGUGCUUCGCCUGCUGAUCCACUACGUUUGGUGGAUUGGCGCGUCGGUCGUUCUGCCGCUGGUUCCCUUUAUCGGCCCCCCGCUGUCCCUGAUCAACCUCUCGUGGCUCUUCGCCUUCUACUGCUUCGACUGGCACGACUAUCUCCCCUACACUUCUUUCUCGCCGUCGUGCGCGUCUCCCAGCCUCCCCUCUUCCUCGGCUGCGCGUUCGGUAGACCUGUGGAGCGAGAACGACGGAGGCACAGGUUGCCGGGGCCCACAAAGUGGGAAAGAAGAGGGAGACCGAGGGCGAUGCCAGGCGUGCUUCAGCAUGAGAGAAGAACAACGGGGGAGACAACGACUGCACAUCGUGCCUGAGGGCUGUGACCGCUGGAUUACGCGAGAUGGCCCACAGGGCCGUCUCUACCCGCAGCGAUCCUGUUUCCCUGGUGGUCCAAGGGACCGACAUUCCUCUGCCUCUUCCACCCCUGAGAGACGUCUCCUUGGGCUUCGAGUUGGCGAGAACGACUCUCUGCACUUUUCGUCCUUCUCCUCGUUUUCGCCCUUUUCUCCCCACGUGUCUGCCUCGCGCCCCGCGUCUCCAGUCCCCCGACAGGCGCCAUGGGGGGAGACGGAGACGCUUGGAGACAGGGGGGCCCACAGUGUGGGGCGGGCGUGCAGGGGGCGAGGUCAGACCGACGCCCGGUCCCCAGGGAGCGCAAGAGAAGAAGGCGAGGAAGUCUUCGCGAGACGCGUCCACGCAUGGGUCGAGAGUCAGCAGAAAUCUCUACGAUUAAGACACGACGGAAGGGCUAUCUCCCCUCAGAUGCAAAUGCGGAUUCAGCGUCUGGCUGCACUUUUUUCGAUCAAGAGGGAGGCGGGAAACGCGCGAGAGACGAAGGAAAGAGGGAAAGGGAAAGGCUUCUCUCUCCGCCCUCUUUCAAAGGCCACCGACCCUGCUGGGGGCGCCGCCCCGCGGGCCACGAUGGCACGUAUCGGGUCUGAAACGCGUUUUCGUCGACCGCUCGCUGCGCACCCCGGACGUGAGGCUUCUCCUGCGGCCUCGCCGCUUUCCCCAGCCUGUCCUGAGUGGGCCAGCCGAGGGCCGAACGCACCGGGUCUCUUCCGACAGGACGCGACCGCGCGUCCUCGUGACACAGAAACUGAGAAAACGGCAACGAGAGAGGAAGGCUGCCAUGAGAGGCGCAUUUUGUUUGUGGGGGAGAUGAGGUCGCGCGUCAAGUACUUUGAAGAGCACUGGCUCUACUUCGCGGGGUUCGGCCUCCCCCUGUGUCUGGUUCAGUUCGUCUGUUCCUCUUUCGUGGACUACGGCGUCUUGUCCAUGCUCUUCCCUGUGUGCAUAGUCACCUCGCUGCACGCGCUCCCUCUCCGCUGGGUGUCUCGUUCCGACGCGUCCCUUUUAGGCCCAUACGCUCUCUUUCGGCGGCUGCCGAUCUUCGCCCCGAUACAGCUCCUCACGAGAUAUAUGCUCAGGGUCGUGGUGCGGCAUUUCGCCAAGAAAGAGAGAACACGGGGCGCGGCGAAAUUCGGUAGAAAGUAG